GGUUUUUUUAAGGUUUAAAAAUCCUUGUUUGACUCAAAAGCUGGGAAGGGUGGAGAAGAAGGUGAAGGGAGGAGUUGAGUAGAUCUGAGUGUGAAGCAAAAACCAUCCCGAAGUUUUCAUCUUUCAAUCAAAGGGUCCUCAAAGAAUGCUCUGAACCGUCGUUAUCUUCUUUUCCUUCUUUUCUAAGUCCCCAAUCACUCUCACACAAUGCCUCGCCCUUGUUUCGACAAGCUUGUUCUCCCCACCACUCUUCAAUCCAGACAACUGAGGAUUCCGGAUAAUUUUCUGAGAAAAUAUGGGACCCAGCUUUCUACAAUUGCUACCCUCACUGUUCCUGAUGGUAGUGUUUGGCCCAUAGGAUUGAAGAAAGCAGACAACAGAAUUUGGUUUGUUGAUGGUUGGCAAGAUUUUGUUCAACGCUACUCCAUUGGUGUUGGAUACUUUUUGGUGUUCAUGUAUGAAGGGAAUUCAUCUUUCAUUGUUCAUAUUUUUAAUUUGAGUACGUCUGAGGUAAACUAUCAAUCGGCCAUGAGAAACCAUAAUGAAGGGUCUUGCUUUGCCAAUUAUCAUCAUAUUUUUGAUGAAAUGGAAGAUGUAGACUCCCUUGGUUUGUCGGAUUUGUCACCUCAGUACCUUACUCCCGGUGCAUUGCAAAGCAAGGGUUUUGCUGGAUCUGUGGAUCAACUGACACCUGGGAAGAGUCAUACUCCAGCUUUGCAGAAUUUGUUCAAUGGUGGAUCAAAACUCAAUCGCGUAAACUGGGGUGAUGGUGGGAGUGCUUUUUCUUUGAAGGAUGCGAAUUCACAAGGCAAUCAGUCAACCAGAGACAUAGGUGUUCAGUUUAAUGCUGUUGAGUUUAAAAGGUCCACUGAAGAAUUGAAAUUGCGUUAUUCUAAUUCUAACGAGGAAGCAGUUAAUAAAACCGCAAAAAAGAAGCGGAAAUCAGAACCCUAUGGCGAGGAACCUUCUGGUGAAAAUGAAGAGGAGGCAGAAAUGCGCUAUAGGUUUUAUGAAAGUGCAUCUGCAAGGAAACGAACCGUGACGGCAGAAGAAAGAGAAAGGGCAAUUAAUGCAUCAAAAACAUUUGAACCGACUAAUCCUUUCUGCCGAGUUGUCCUGCGACCCUCCUAUUUGUAUAGGGGAUGCAUAAUGUAUCUGCCUUCCACCUUUGCUGAAAAGAAUUUGAAUGGGGUUUCGGGAUUCAUCAAACUUCAGCUGUCCAAUGGUAGACAGUGGUCCGUUCGCUGCCUCUAUAGGGGAGGUCGAGCCAAGUUAAGCCAAGGAUGGUUUGAAUUCACAGUGGAGAACAAUUUAGGAGAAGGUGAUGUCUGUGUGUUUGAGCUCCUUAGAAUGAAGGAAGUUGUGCUGCAAGUUACGGUGUUUCGCGUAACCGAGGAUGCAGGGUUGUUGAACCAGCUUCCUAUGCAACAGCAGCAGCAGAGCCCAAACAUCAGCCACACUAAACUCUUGAACCCUCACUUGCAGCAUCGCAUCAGUACAACCAAAUUGAUUAGAAAUUAGCAAGGAGAUUUAAUUUCUGAUAGCAAAACUGUGUCCAUUUAGCCCUGGAUUCUGAGUGAUCUGUUGUUCAUCUAAUUUCUUCACUUGGAACUUUGAUGCUUUACAUGUUCAUAAACAUAUGAACUUAGUUAUUGUAGUUUUGAUACAAAUUUCUUUUGUUUUUGACUUGGGUUGUAAAUAGAUUGUUAAAUCAGCUGAUCAUAAACUGAGUCGAAAUGUUUGUGCCAUUGCUGUGUUUUGGUUUAAUAAGUUAUAUUUGUUUGUAGCUUCA